AUGGCAGGUGAGAUAGGCAAUGCGAUCACCAUUCCGCCGGUGUUUGUGGGCCAUGGCGGAGGCCCGUGCUUCUUCAUGGAGGAUACGGGAAUGAUGAAGGGCAUGGGUAGGGGAUCAGCGGUGGCCAGAUGGUUCCAGGGUCUCAUGGACGAGUACUACACUGAUGACGAGCGGGCGGCCAUCAAGGCUGUGGUAGUCGUUUCGGCCCACUGGGAGCACAAGGCCAAUACCGUUGGUGUCUACCGCGUUGACGGCCCAAACUCGCUGCUCUUCGACUACUCAGGCUUCCCACCCCACACAUACCAGCUGACCUACCCGGCGCCAGGUGAUCCGGCCCUUGCCGACCGAAUCCUCGACCUGCUCGACGCCCAUGGCCUCGCCGGCGAAGCAGUUUCCGAUCGCGGCCUGGAUCAUGGCGUCUUUGUCCCUCUCAAGCUCAUGCUGCCAGAGGCCGAGCUGCCAGUUGUCCAAGUCUCGCUCCUGGGCUCCCUCGACGCCGAGGCCCACCUUGAGCUUGGCGAGGCGCUGGCGCCGCUGGCCGACGAGGGCGUCCUCAUUGUCGGCUCCGGCUUUGUCACCCACGGAUCGUCGAAGAAGGCCCAGACCGAGGCCUUUGAAGGCUGGCUUACCACCACCCUGAGCGACGAGUGCGCCUCCGCCGACCAUCGCAAGGCCGCGCUCAUCGAUUGGGAGUCUGCGCCGUUUGCCCGCCGCGCCCACAUCCGCGAAGAGCAUCUGCUUCCGGUCCACGUCGUUGCCGGCGCCGCCGGCUACAUCCCGGCGGAGAGGAUCCAAGACUAUGUGUGGAACAUGGGCCGGUCUGCCGGCUCGAUGGCGUCAUACUUGUUCCGUCGGUCGUAG